AGCGCCAUUGCCAGCCCUGGUGCCAUCGCCCGCAGCUGAGUCGUCGCUUUUAAUUUAUUCCGUUUAUAUCAUGAAAGUGACGAAAUAGCGGUCUAACCAGCCAGCCAAAGGGGCAACGUAAGCGAAUCUCGACCCAUGAUGCAAAUCAAGCGCCUCCUCUGCAAGUCCUGUGGCCUGGGCACCCUUCUGGUGGCGGUCGUCUGGCUGCUGGCGCUCCUCUUCUACUCGCACAGCCUGAGGAGCUCCAUCCGGUCGGCGGGCUGGAGGAUCGACAGGAAUGCCACGCCACGGGCCGAGCUAAGCUACCAGGCCAGGGUCACCGUCGGAUGCACACCCAACGAAGUUAAAAACACCACUGCCGCAAAGGAAUUCCCAGGAGAAGCCAAUCCCCCCAGUGAUCCCGAGCAACUGGAGCUUUUGGGUGUGGUGCGCAACAAACAGGACAAGUACAUUCGGGACAUAGGCUACAAACAUCAUGCCUUCAACGCCCUGGUGUCCAAUAAUAUAGGGCUCUUCCGGCAGAUUCCCGACACCCGGCACAAGGUGUGCGAUCGCCAGGAGACCUUGGAAACGGAGAACCUUCCCCAGGCCUCGAUAGUCAUGUGUUUCUAUAAUGAGCACAAGAUGACCCUGAUGCGGUCAAUUAAAACGGUGCUGGAGCGCACGCCCAGCUAUCUGCUGCGGGAGAUUAUCCUGGUGGAUGAUCACAGCGACCUGCCCGAACUGGAGUUCCAUCUGCACGGGGAUCUACGUGCCCGGCUGAAGUACGACAAUCUGCGUUACAUCAAGAACGAGCAGCGCGAGGGCCUCAUUCGAUCCCGAGUGAUUGGAGCCCGCGAGGCGGUCGGCGAUGUCCUUGUUUUCCUGGACUCGCACAUUGAGGUCAAUCAGCAGUGGCUGGAGCCGCUGCUGCGCCUCAUCAAGGCUGAGAAUGGCACUCUGGCCGUGCCCGUCAUCGACCUGAUCAAUGCCGACACCUUUGAGUACACACCCAGUCCACUGGUGCGCGGAGGAUUCAACUGGGGCCUACACUUCCGCUGGGAGAAUCUGCCCGAGGGCACUCUUAAGGUGCCGGAGGACUUUCGUGGUCCCUUUCGCUCGCCCACCAUGGCCGGCGGUCUGUUUGCGGUGAACAGAAGGUACUUCCAGCACCUGGGCGAGUACGACAUGGCCAUGGAUAUAUGGGGUGGCGAGAACAUAGAGAUAUCCUUCCGGGCCUGGCAGUGUGGUGGCGCUAUCAAGAUUGUUCCCUGCUCCCGCGUGGGCCACAUAUUCCGGAAGCGUCGUCCAUACACUUCGCCAGAUGGGGCCAACACCAUGCUGAAGAACUCGCUGCGAUUGGCUCACGUCUGGAUGGAUCAGUAUAAGGAUUACUAUCUGAAGCACGAGAAAGUGCCCAGGUCCUAUGACUACGGAGACAUCAGCGAACGGCUGAAGCUAAGGGAGCGACUGCAGUGCCGGGAUUUUGCCUGGUACCUGAAGAACGUCUACCCAGAGCUGCAUGUGCCGGGCGAGGAGUCCAAGAAAUCGGCGGCGGCACCAAUGUUUCAGCCUUGGCACUCGCGAAAGAGAAACUAUGUGGACACCUACCAGCUGCGACUGACGGGAACGGAACUCUGUGCCGCGGUGGUGGCUCCCAAGGUGAAGGGCUUCUGGAAGAAGGGCAGUUCCCUGCAGCUGCAGCCCUGCCGGAGGUCGCCCAACCAGCUGUGGUACGAGACUGACAAGGCGGAGAUUGUGCUGGACAAGUUGCUCUGCCUGGAGGCCUCUGGAGAUGCCCAGGUCACGGUGAACAAGUGCCACGAGAUGCUGGGCGAUCAGCAGUGGCGGCACACUCGCAACGCCUACAGUCCCGUCUACAACAUGGCGAAGGGAACCUGCCUGCGGGCAGCUGCUCCGGCGGCGGGCGCCCUCAUCAGCUUGGAUCUGUGCUCCAAGACGAGCGGAACGGGUGGAGCCUGGGACAUUGUGCAGCUCAAGAAGACAAAGGAGGAGGAGGACAGGGCCAGGAAAGCAAUCAAAUCGGACAAAGCGCUGUGAGCGAGGGGUUGUCCUGCUGGCGUAUCGCAAUAUUAGACUGAUAUCUGUUUAGGGCAAAGUGUAUUACGUUUAAAUAGCCAGUAUUUUUCAUGAAAUUUUUUUAAUAAAAUGUAAAAAACUA